AUGACUAUAGCCCUUGGUAAAGUUACCAACGACGAAAAUGAUUUGUUUGAUAUUAUGGAUGACUGGUUACGGAGGGACCGUUUCGUUUUUGUAGGCUGGUCCGGCCAAUUGCUCUUUCCUUGUGCCUAUUUCGCUGUAGGGGGUUGGUUCUUGGGUAUAACCUUUGUAACUUCAUGGUAUACCCAUGGAUUGGCCAGUUCCUAUUUGGAAGGAUGCAAUUUCUUAACUGCCCCAGUUUGUACUCCUGCGAAUAGUUUAGCACAUUCUUUCUUAUUACUAUGGGGUCCUGAAGCACAAGGAGGUUUUACUCGUUGGUGUCAAUUAGGCGGUCUGUGGACUUUUGUUGCUCUCCACGACGCUUUCGGACUAAUAGGAUUCAUGUUGCGUCAAUUUGAACUUGCGCGAUCUGUUCAAUUGCGACCUUAUAAUGCAAUCGCAUUCUCUGGUCCAAUUGCCGUUUUUGUUUAUGUAUUCCUGAUUUAUCCACUAGGUCAGUCUGGUUGGUUCUUUGCGCCUAGUUUUGGUGUAGCAGCUAUAUUUCGAUUUAUCCUCUUUUUUCAAGGAUUUCAUAAUUGGACAUUGAACCCAUUUCAUAUGAUGGGAGAUGCAGGUGUAUUGGGCGCUGCUUUGCUAUGCGCUAUUCAUGGUGCCACUGUAGAAAAUACUUUAUUUGAAGAUGGUGAUAGGGCAAAUACAUUCCGUGCUUUUAACCCAACUCAAGCUGAAGAAACUUAUUCAAUGGUCACUGCUAAUCGCUUUUGGUCCUAA